UCAUUUCCCCAGUCUCACGCCACCAACACAUCAAGGCAGCUUCGUUUCCUCACACCACUGCUUCAGACGGGGCGCCAGAGAGCCCCCAAUCCACCCUCGCAAAGGAACAACAUACAAGAGGAGGAGGAGGAGGAAGAGCAAGAGGGGGGCUAUGGCGUCCUACGACAAGACCAUCGCCACGGCGGCCUCGCUCGCGGCGUCGCUGAUGCUGGUGCGGAGCCUCGCGAGCGAGCUGCUGCCAUCCGAGGCGCGCGAGGCCCUCUCUGCAGCCCUCAACAGCCUUCGCUCCCGCCUGACGUGGCAGCACACCAUCGUCGUCGAGGAGGUCGAGGGGUGGUCAUACAACCACGUCUACCCUGCCGUCAAGGCCUACCUCGCUACGCGCGUCAUCGACGCCGGUGCCAACAUCGACAUGCAGUGCCUGCGUGUCAGCAGCGCCAACAGCGGGCCUGAGAAGUUGGUCGUCAGCAUGGCGACAGGGGAGGAGAUGGCCGACGUGUACGAAGGGACGGAGUUCAGGUGGUGCCUCGUCACCCGUGAGGUCAAGGCCGACCCGAACGGCGGGGGCGGGGCCCGGGAGGUCAGGUCCUACAGGGUGAGCUUCCACAAGAAGCACAAGAAGAAGGCACUCAAAGAGUACCUCCCGUUCAUCGUCGCCACGGCCAAGGCCAUCAAGCAAGGGGAGAGGAGCCUCAACAUAUACAUGAACGAGGAUACGGACGACUGGGCCCCCAUGGACCUCCAGCACCCCUCCACGUUCAGCACGCUCGCCAUGGACCAGAAGCAGAAGCAGUCCAUCAUUGAUGACCUUGACAGGUUCAUAAAGAGGAAGGACUACUACAGGAGGAUCGGUAAGGCGUGGAAGCGAGGGUACCUGUUGUACGGUCCACCGGGUACCGGCAAGUCCAGCCUCAUCGCUGCCAUAGCCAACCACCUCAGGUUCGACAUAUAUGACCUUGAGCUGACUGGGGUUGAGUCCAACUCAGACCUUAGGAGGCUUCUUGUUGGGAUGACCAACCGAUCCAUCCUCGUGGUUGAAGACAUCGACUGUACCAUCGAACUGAUGCAACGGGAGGAGCAGGAGGAGGACAAGGAAAAAUCCAAGUCCAAGUCCAAUUCCAAAGAGAAAAAGAAGACAGAAGACAAGGUAACAUUAUCCGGGCUGCUCAAUUUUGUUGAUGGCUUGUGGUCGACAAGUGGAGAGGAAAGGAUCGUCGUCUUCACGACCAAUUACAAGGAGCGUCUUGAUCCAAAGCACUUUUGCGGCUCUGGCGAGAUGGACAUGCACAUCCACAUGGGGUACUGCACCCCAGAGGCUUUCCGGAUCCUUGUCAAUAAUUACCACGCCAUCGAAUACCAUGCCAAGUAUCCAGAGAUCGAGGAGCUUAUCAAGGAGGUGACUGUGACACCUGCAGAGGUCGCCGAGGUUCUGAUGAGGAACGAUGACACUGAUGUUGCGCUCGAUGAUCUUGUCGAGCUCCUAAACACAAAGAAGAAAGAUGCCAAUGAGAUCAAGAUUGAUAACAAGCAGGUGGAUGAGAAGAAAGAUGCCAGUGAGAUCAAGACUGAAAGUAUGCAGGUGGACGAAAAGAAAGAUUGUGAUGGGACCAAGACUGAAAGUGUGCAGGCAGAGGAGAAAAAUGAUGACAAAGAGGUUGUGUUGAAAAUGAUUCAUUCACAGAAGACGGAAGCAGUUAGGAUUGCGGAAGCUAACAGUGACCAGAGUGUGUGUACUAUAUAGAUAGGUCCUACAGGGGAUCCAUUGCAAAAUAUGUGAUCAUUUUGGGAGAUCCACUGCAAAAUUGUGAUCAUUUUGACUACUAAUAACAUUAGGUUUUUUGGAACA